GGCACAGGAGCGAGCCCGGAUAGCUCAGCCGGGAGAGCGUCACCCUGACGCUGGGAGUCGCGGGUUCGAGCCCGACCUCCGGCGGGAGGGCUCCUCCUCUUCCUCGGCGCGGCCAUUAUGGCCGAGCUGGAGCUGGGGAGCCGCUUCCAGCGCCGGUUCCUGGCGGCACGGCAGCUCCGCUCCUUCCCCUGGGCGGAACUUGAGCAAAAGCUGCGGGCUCGGCCGGGCUCCCCGCUGCUCGCGGAGAUCCUUCAGAAGACGAUUCUCCACCCUCUGUGUGUAAAAUAUCCCCCCUCCACCAAGUACCGAAGAUGCUUUCUAACAGAACUCAUUAAAAAGCAUGAAUCCACAGCGGCCGAACCCCUGGAUGAACUGUAUGAUGCACUGGCAGAUAUUUUAAACGAAGAAGAAUCCAGUCAUGGUUACAAAAACUACUUACUGCCCACGGGAGAAUGUGUUACCCUUUCUGAGAGUGUGGCAAUUAUCUCUGGAGGAACGACAGGGCUCGUCACAUGGGAUGCUGCUCUUCACCUUACUGAAUGGGCAAUAGAAAACUCUUCAGUUUUCAGUAACAGGAGAAUCUUGGAACUAGGAAGUGGGAUCGGUUUCACUGGAAUUGCAAUCUGUAAAACCUGCAAUCCCAAGGCAUAUGUAUUUAGUGAUUACCACCACUGUGUUCUCGAACAGCUGACAGAAAACAUCCGUUUAAAUGGCUUUGUGUUGGAGUCUGAACCUACUCGUCCCAUCCAAACAGAGCCCCAAAGCCAGGAGGCAGAAGCAACGAAUUCCCAAAAACCAAAACUAAUUGUUGCAGAACUCGACUGGGGCUCAGUUACAGAAGAACAACUGUUGGAUCUUCAGCCGGACGUCAUUGUUGCAGCAGACGUGGUAUACGAUCCAGAGAUAAUUUUAACCCUUAUUGGUAUGCUACAAAAACUCUCCGCGUCCAGAGCAGACAGAAAACCUCCUGAGGUUUACAUCGCUUUCACAAUUCGUAAUCCAGACACAUAUCACCUGUUCCAGGCCGAACUCGAUAAAGUUGGGAUCGGAUGGCAGAUUAUUCCAGCCCACAGCAACAGUAUUUUUCUCUAUGACAUGCAGCCAAACGUAACUAUUUUACAACUAUUUAUAUAGACUUGGCAAAUGAGACAUAAUUCAAAAUUUCAGACCAUCAGGAGCUGUCUUGUCCUUGCAACAAAAUUAUCUUGAAUUCUAGAAACAUAACGGGAGAGGCACUGAGGAUACAACUACAUGCACAGGCUGCUGUCAAAGUGAAUUAUGUUUCUUCCUGUAAUUGUCAGCAUAUAUACAAGCUGCUGGCCAUGAAAAGUAGCUGUGAACCUCAAGCAAUAGGAAAAAAAAAAGCCCUAACCAUUCUGCACUUUGAUUCUGUAGAAGACAAUAGUUGAACUGUAUUUUUUUUUUCAACUGUGUUUUGAUUUGUAAGUAAUGGAGGCACAUCUGCAGGAUCACAGGAUGAGUAUCUCACACCGACAGCAUUUCAUAGUAAUAAAUAUUUUUAAUAUUAAAACCA